CAAACAAAUUUUCAAACUACAAUCAUGGUUCAAACUGCUGAUAAAGUUGUCGCUGUAGAUGAUGAAUCUGAUGAAGCCACUGAGAUUCACUGCCAGAAGAAAUCUCACGGCGGUUUAAGUUAUGAAGUGAUUUUAGCUGAACCAGCACCAUAUGUUACUCUACCAAAGCGUCCACUUUCACCUAGUAAAAAUGUCUCAGCUAAACAGAUUGAGCAAAAAUUGAUGGCUGCCGAAGAGAGGCGUAUUUUAUUGGACCAAAAGAAAAUAGCAGCUUUAAACAAUAAGUUUGCUAAGAUUGAAGAGGCAAAACGUAAAAAGGAUGAAAUCGCCAAUGAAUUCAUCAAUCAAAUGAAGGAACAAUUGGAAUCUAAAAUGGAAUAUUAUGUGGAGAAGCGUGAAGCUAUUUUUAGUGACCUAAAGAAAAAAUUGAAUAUUGAUUCACAAGAAAUUGAAAAAUUGGAGCAGCAAAAGAUUUCUGAAAAGGUGUCAAUCGAAGGGAAAUUGAAAAGCGCUCUGUCACUGAAUGAUGAUUAUAUUGAUAAGAUGUUGGAACGCCUUAAGGAUCUUAACGCAAACAAAGUUGCAGAAAUCAAAAAUCAAAUCGAUCAAUUGGAAUCACAGAAAAUUGAACAUUAUAAUAUAAAAUUAAAAGAGGUGCAAUAGAAGAAACGAAGAUACAAACUGAAACCGAACACCAGUUCCGUAAGAUUAACGACUAUUUAAAGGAAAACUCCAAAAAUUUUUAUACUUAUCAGCUCAAAAGUAGCAAGGGAAUAGCAGUAGUUGUUAAAGGCAUCGAACCGAAUGCUGAUACUGAAGAAAUAAAAAUUGCUGUUGAAAAUGCUGGCUUUGAGGUAAAAUCAGUUUUUAACAUAAAAAACAAAGAUAAAAUUCCUCAACCUUUAUAUAAAAUUGAAUUAGAACCAGAUACUAAAAAAUUAAAAAAUAACGAGAUUCAUCCAAUUUACCACUUGCGUUUCUUGCUAAACCGUAAGAUAACAGUGGAGGAGCCUCAUAAACGCAAAACUCCAGUGCAAUGUCUAAACUGUCAGGAAUUUGGGCAUACUAAAAGUUAUUGUACUCUGCGCAAAGUUUGUGUGGCCUGCGGUGGUGCUCACCACUCAACUCAAUGCAGUACAGAUAAAAACAACAUUAAUUCCAGAAAAUGUAACAACUGUGGUGGUAAUCAUACUGCAAACUACCGUGGCUGUCCAAUUUAUAUCGAAAUUAAGAAUAAAGCUAUCCCACGCUCCGAAAAGGUACCAA